AUGAAGUUUGUUGCAGUGUCCUCUCUGUGCCUGUGGGGGUUGCUGUGCGUCUGUGCCAGUGUGAAGGCCGUGGGGACUUUAGAGCUGAUGCGAGAUGCAGCGGUGGGCUGGACUGGGGUCCUGCCCUGUGGGAAGUGGGACUGUGAGUGUGCUUUCAACAGCCAGCGGAGCUGCUGCUGUGUGGCCAAUGAGAUGAGUAUGCUGGAGGACCACACCUUCAUGCGCAUGGUGGACAUGUGGGAGCAGCUCACCCGAUUGGAAAACGACAUCAUGGAAGUCACAGGCAACAAUAAGAUUGCGUUCACCGCGGCGAUGAGAUCUCGAAGCGACUGCUUCGGCCCCUUCACUAGCAACGUGCCAAUCCGCUACUAUGCCAUCUCUCUCAACCAGGGUAACGGAUACAAUGACGCUCUGGGUACCUUCACCGCCCCCCGCGCCGGCCUCUACUCCUUCUCCUUCACGGCCUACUCCAACGCGGGCGUGGAUGGCGAGCGUCUUUACCACAAGGUGCAGCUGAUAAAGAACAACGAGGUGGUGGCCUCUGUGUGGGAGGACAACCGGGAGGACACGGAGGACAGCGCCACCCAUUCGGUGCUGCUGUCUCUGCGCCAGGGUGACCAGGUGUACGUGGAGCUGCUCUCUGGCAGGAGUCUGUGUGGCAACACCAAGGAGUACAACAGGUUCAGCGGAUACCUGGUCUACCCCUUCACACAGGAGUAG